AUGGCGGAUCCCGCCGAGUGCAGCAUCAAAGUGAUGUGCCGCUUCCGGCCCCUCAACGAGGCGGAGAUCCUCCGCGGCGAUAAAUUCAUCCCUAAAUUCAAAGGCGAGGAGACGGUGGUCAUCGGGCAAGGGAAGCCCUAUGUCUUUGACAGAGUGUUACCUCCCAACACAACCCAGGAGCAAGUUUAUAAUGCCUGUGCCAAGCAGAUUGUUAAAGAUGUUCUUGAAGGCUACAACGGCACAAUCUUCGCUUAUGGGCAGACAUCAUCAGGAAAGACACACACCAUGGAGGGGAAGCUGCAUGACCCUCAGCUAAUGGGAAUCAUUCCGAGAAUUGCACAUGACAUCUUUGAUCACAUCUAUUCCAUGGAUGAGAACCUGGAGUUUCAUAUAAAGGUUUCCUACUUUGAGAUCUAUUUGGACAAAAUAAGGGACCUACUUGAUGUGUCAAAGACAAACCUUGCUGUACAUGAAGAUAAGAACAGAGUUCCAUACGUGAAGGGUUGUACAGAAAGAUUUGUAUCUAGUCCUGAGGAGGUGUUGGAUGUCAUUGAUGAAGGGAAAGCUAACCGCCACGUGGCUGUUACAAAUAUGAAUGAACACAGCUCUAGAAGUCACAGUAUCUUCCUUAUUAAUAUUAAACAAGAAAAUGUGGAAACGGAGAAGAAACUUAGUGGAAAACUGUACCUGGUAGACUUGGCUGGAAGUGAGAAGGUCAGCAAAACUGGAGCGGAGGGUGCUGUUCUUGAUGAAGCUAAAAAUAUCAAUAAGUCUUUGUCUGCUUUAGGCAACGUGAUAUCUGCCUUGGCAGAAGGAACUAAAACUCAUGUUCCAUACCGUGACAGCAAAAUGACCCGGAUACUUCAGGAUUCCCUCGGUGGAAACUGCAGAACCACCAUUGUUAUAUGCUGUUCUCCUUCUAUUUUCAAUGAAGCAGAAACAAAGUCGACCCUGAUGUUUGGACAGCGAGCUAAGACCAUUAAGAACACAGUCUCUGUGAAUCUGGAACUGACUGCAGAGGAGUGGAAGAAAAAGUACGAGAAGGAAAAAGACAAAAACAAGAGUCUAAAGAAUGUUAUCCAGCAUCUGGAGCUGGAACUGAACAGGUGGAGAAAUGGAGAAGCUGUGCCUGAAGACGAACAGAUCAGUGCCAAAGACCAGAAGAACCUGGAGCCAUGUGAUAACACACCAAUCAUUGACAACAUCACACCUGUGGUUGCCAGCAUCUCAACAGAGGAAAAGCAGAAGUAUGAUGAGGAGAUUGCCAGUCUCUACAGGCAGCUGGAUGAUAAGGAUGAUGAAAUCAAUCAGCAGAGCCAGUUGGCUGAAAAGCUAAAACAGCAAAUGUUGGAUCAAGAGGAGCUUUUGGCCUCCACUAGGAGAGAUUAUGAGAAGAUUCAAGAGGAACUCACCCGUCUUCAGAUUGAGAAUGAAGCUGCAAAAGACGAAGUGAAAGAAGUCCUUCAAGCCCUGGAAGAACUAGCUGUCAAUUACGACCAGAAAUCCCAAGAAGUGGAGGACAAAACAAGAGCCAACGAGCAGCUGGCUGAUGAACUGGCACAGAAGAGUACGGUUCUGUCAGCAACCCAGAGGGAGCUGGGCCAGCUGCAGGAGCUCAGUAACCAUCAGAAGAAGAGAGCCACAGAAAUCUUAAACUUGCUGCUUAAAGACCUGGGAGAGAUCGGAGGGAUCAUUGGCACUAAUGAUGUUAAAACAUUAGCAGAUGUGAACGGGGUGAUUGAAGAGGAGUUCACCAUGGCACGGCUUUACAUCAGCAAGAUGAAGUCUGAGGUGAAAUCUCUGGUGAACCGCAGCAAGCAGCUGGAGAGUGCCCAGAUAGAUUCCAACAGGAAAAUGAAUGCCAGCGAGAGGGAGCUUGCAGCUUGCCAGCUCCUCAUUUCACAGCAUGAAGCAAAGAUCAAGUCCCUGACAGACUACAUGCAAAACAUGGAGCAGAAGAGAAGGCAGCUGGAAGAGUCCCAGGAUUCUCUCAAUGAGGAGCUUGCCAAGUUACGUGCUCAAGAAAAAAUGCAUGAAGUCAGUUUCAAAGAUAAGGAGAAGGAGCACCUGACCCGGCUUCAGGAUGCAGAAGAAAUGAAGAAGGCACUGGAGCAGCAGAUGGAGAGUCACAGGGAAGCCCAUCAGAAGCAGCUGUCCAGGCUGAGAGAUGAAAUUGAAGAGAAGCAGAAAACAAUCGAUGAAAUCAGAGAUAUGAAUCAGAAGCUCCAACUGGAACAAGAGAAGCUGAGUGCUGAUUAUGAUAAAUUGAAAAUUGAGGACCAGGAGAGAGAAAUGAAACUGGAAAAGCUCAUAUUGCUUAAUGAUAAAAGGGAACAAGCAAGAGAAGAUCUUAAGGGGCUGGAGGAAACAGUGGCAAGAGAACUUCAGACUCUUCAUAACCUACGCAAACUGUUUGUACAAGAUCUCACCACUCGUGUUAAAAAAAGCGUUGAGCUUGACAGUGACGAUGGAGGCGGAAGUGCUGCGCAGAAGCAGAAAAUUUCCUUUCUUGAGAACAACCUGGAACAGCUUACUAAGGUUCACAAACAGUUGGUACGUGAUAAUGCAGAUCUUCGUUGUGAGCUUCCUAAGCUGGAAAAACGACUUAGAGCUACGGCAGAGAGAGUUAAGGCCCUGGAGAGCGCACUGAAGGAGGCCAAGGAGAACGCCAUGCGAGACCGCAAGAGGUACCAGCAGGAGGUGGAUCGCAUUAAGGAGGCUGUAAGAGCCAAAAACAUGGCACGGAGAGCACACUCUGCUCAAAUCGCCAAGCCCAUCCGCCCUGGUCAUUACCCAGCGUCGUCUCCAACAGCUGUCCAUGCCAUCCGAGGGGGAGGGAUGUCCAACUCCAGCUACUAUCACAGCACCAAAUAGAUGAGAAGUCAGUCCCACUUAGCAUGUUACAGACUAUCAUUAAGUCACUACUUUCUUUUAUCCCCCUCUUCAACCUGAUGCACAUUCUAUUCAUCCUGCGCUUCCUACCGCCAUCUGCGACGCACUGGCCAUAGGUAUUUUGAGCUUCGUAGGAUCUCCACGUGUACAGAAGUCUUCAGCUCAACUCCUCUCCAGAUACUUGUACAAUGUAUUUAACGUAACCAUCUCAGUACCCAUAGCAAGUCUGCCACCCAGAAUGGCACCGACGGCGUGUGACCCCCUGGCACUGCUUAGGUUGGGGCUUCUCUGCUCAGCCCGAUGCUGUUGGAAGACCUCUGUCACAUCAGUAAAUCCCACCUUCCGGCAUCCAAGAAUUAAUUAUUCGGUGACCAAGUGCCAUCAAAGGCAGGUGAUUGUGCUCUGUCAUGACUGAUUUACUGUAUAAUAUACAUAUUAUUUUAUAUUUUUAAGGGAUGAAAAUGUGCUGCUACAUGGUUUAAUUUUACUGCUUACAUUUUUGGAAGGAAAUUUUCCCCAAAGAACCAUUUGUAAAAUCCUGAUAAAAUCUUUGGACUGUAUAAAAUGACCUUUCUUGCAGUACCUGCUAAAGAUCAAAUGGGAUGCAGAGAAAUCUGUUAGUAUAAAUCUAGGUUUUUGGAGUUUGGUAGUUACAUGACUGUAUGUGUGACUUAUCUUCAAGUUACAAUCUGGUCUGCUUGUAGUUCUCCCUACGGUGGUGGGUUUUCCUGGAGUGUGUUGGCUGGCCGUGUGUUGCUAAGCACUGUUCUAAGGACACUUUGAAAGCUUUCAGAGUGCCGCAGAAGUCCUGUCUUGGGAAAGCCUGAUCUGCUCACACCAGAAUUCACACACGGGAGGGAACAGCCCCCAGCAGGAACAGGCACUCCCUUCCAAAAACAAAAAGCCCCAGGUAUAGCCCUCGUUAAGGUAUAGAUGGUCCAAGAGGAGGUGCAGGUCACAAAGCUGUCCCUUGCAGACCAAACUGGGAAACACGCCUGUUAGGAGGUGAAGAGCAUGCUGCAAAUGCACUUGCUGCUUGUGUAACAACAUGCAAGCCAUCCUGCUGUGCUCAGAGCCUUUCUCACCUCCCUGGUGCCAGGCAGAACGUGUCCAGCUUCUCAGCAAGGGGGCACUGGAAUCCUUCUGGGAGAGCACAGCUGCAGGUAGAAGCUGCUCCUGCUGCUGUGUCACAUUAGCCGUGUCACCCAGCAGCGUGGCUCCCAGGGAGGGUACAGCUACAUCUUCUGCUGCAGGUGUUUGCUCUUAGGUUGAGAGAGAGAGAGACAGAUUUUUUCUUUAAUUUCUGAAUGUGUUCACAUUGACACGAAACUAGUUAGGUAAUGGAGAGCCUUUUGAAAUACUGCAAAUUUACUUUAGUAUUUUUUUUGUCUACUGACAUUACUCAGUUUCUUGCAAUGUAAGUUGGACUUGAUUUAACUUUUUUUUUUUUUUUGAUGUUGCACUAUAUU